AUGAACGGCAUAAACGGCACCUCCAAACCUCAAACGCUCAACCGAGCCGACGAAGUCGAACAUCUCAUCGACGCCGUAAAAGCGCUCAUAAUCCCCUUCAUCCGCGCCGCCGACACCGCUAUCCCCUCGCGCGCCGCCGGCCAGCUACUUCCUACCGAAGAGGCCAACGAAAAUGGGACUUUCACUCCGGUCAUCCGCAACGUCCUAGUGGACGCCAAGCGCCCGCAAGAGCUGGUAAAGGCUCUAGCCCUGGACCUACCGGAGGGUGAGGGACGGGGCGAGGAAGGGUUGUUGGAGACGAUUCGGGGGGUGUUGAGGUAUAGUGUGAAUACGUGGGAUCAGGGGUUUAUGGAUAAGUUGUAUGCGAGUACUAAUGCGGUUGGCGUGGCCUCGGAGUUGUUGCUCGCUGCUCUCAACACCAAUGUCCACGUCUACCAAGUCUCCCCGGCCCUCACCAUCCUCGAAAAACACACCGCCCACCGUCUCGCGACCCUCUUCGGCUUCACCGGCCCCCGCGCCGGCGGCAUAACCUGCCAAGGCGGUUCCUCCUCCAACCUAACCUCCCUCGUCACAGCGCGCAACACCCUCUACCCGUCCACCAAAACCCUCGGCAACUCCGCCUCCGCCAUCCCCACCGGCCCCUUCGCCCUCUUCACCAGCGUGCACGGCCAUUACUCGGUCGAAAAAGCCGCCGUCACUUGCGGCAUGGGGUCUGAGGCGGUUUGGACCGUGCCUGUGGACCCGGUGACGGGACAGAUGGAUCCGGAAGAGCUGCGCGGUGCGAUCCGUAAGUCCCGCGCCGCGGGCCAGACACCGUUGUACGUCAACGCUACCGCCGGCACCACCGUCCUCGGAUCCUACGACCCACUAGCAGCCAUCGCCGACGUGCUCGCUUCCGAAGGCGGGCCGUCAGCGUCAAACGGCCACGAAAAGAUCUGGCUGCACGUCGACGGCAGCUGGGGCGGGCCAGCGAUUUUCUCGCCUUCGCAGCGGUACAAGCUAGCGGGCGUGGAACGCGCAGACUCGGUGACGGUCAACCCGCACAAGAUGCUAAACGUACCCGUGACGUGCUCGUUCCUGUUGGUGCCCGAUACGGCGGUGCUGCAUCGGGCGAAUACGCUGCCGGCGGGGUAUCUCUUCCAUGCUGGUGCUGCGGAUCCGGAGACGGGGGAGGUGCCGGAGCCGUGGGAUUUAGCGGAUUUGACGCUGCAGUGUGGGCGAAGGGCGGAUAGUCUGAAGCUGGCGCUGGCGUGGGUGCAUACGGGCACGGAUGGGUUUGCGGCGGCGGUGGAUGGGGCGUUUGCGCGGGCGGCGCAGUUGGCGGGGUUGUUGGAGGCGCAUGAGGAUUUUGUGCUGGUGUCGUCGAACCCGCCGCCGUGUUUGCAGGUGUGCUUUUAUUAUGGACCGCCUGGUGUCGGUGGGGUGAGUGAGGAUAAGGCGGUGAAUACGGCGAGGACGAAGGCGAUUGUUGAGAGGUUGGUGGCCAGGGGGUAUAUGAUUGAUUAUGCGCCGGGGGAGAAGGGGAGCUUUUUUAGGGUGGUCGUGAAUGCGUUGACGCUGCCGGGGACGGUGGAGGGGUUGGUGAAGGCUCUGGAGGCGGUGGGACGGGAGGUUGUGAAGGCCUGA